AUGGACAUGCAGCUAAGACUGACAAUACGUGGCGGAGAUCUUGCUGUAUCUAAAACUCCGAGAGCUCGAAGCGAGUCGGGUGUGGGAGAUUCCACCGGGAGUGAAACGGAUUCUACACUGCUGGAUGUUUCUUCAAAAAUGAGAGUGAUGUCUUCUGUGCCAGGAAACCGCCCCAUCACGACAGGGAUGAAGAUUGCAGUGAAAUUUCGAAUCAAUUACUCUACAAGAUGGGGAGAAAAUGUAAUCAUCGUUGGCUCGACAGAUGAGCUGGGUGGAAUAUCAAAUCCUUCGGAAGCAGAGACAAGAAGAGCCAUUGCGAUGGGCAAAGGCAAAGUUAUGCGCUACAUUGCGAACGGGGAUUGGGAAUACGUCACUGUAAUGCAUCCUGCCCCAACUGGACUAUCUUAUCGCUAUGCACUAGUCCGAGAGAAAGGCGAGCCACUUGUCGAAGGGGGGAUUCGUUAUGGCAGAUACCUCGAUAUCGAUGACUUAUUAUUGUUUCUGAUGCUCAAUUGUUAUAGGAGGAGGGGCUUGUUAGCCGUGGGCAGUGCUGGCUCUUCGUCGUCGCUGUCUGAGGCUGCCAGCCGUCAAGAACCAAUGCAGCUUGAGGUUCGAGAUCAAUGGCGUGUGAGUCGCCAAAACGGAGAAGACUGGGUGCUCAGGACAGAUGCCAUUGCACAAGUGGUUUAUGGUCAGGGCCGGUUGGAUGCCGUAGAAGAGGCAAUUUUAGAUGGGAAGGUCAAACAUGCUGCGGAUGUGAUGAAACAUGCUGAGCCUCAAGACGGGGAGAAGAGGGCACUUCUAAAGGAUGUCGCUGUCAUGUCAUGUGCAAGAUUUCCCUCGUGGGAACUUGAUCUUGAAGCCCCUACCCAGCUUCUUCCUGCACAGUACAAAUAUGUCGUGGUCAAUCUUACCAACGGAGAAAUAGUGGAUAGAGAAUCUGGAGCUCCUCGGUGGCUUGGUCGCCCAGUUGGGAUAUUGCAGCAGGAGGGUAUUCGAAAUAGCAAGUACGUUGUAUCAGUGCGGGAUGAAGCUACAACCGAUCGUGGAAUGGGAACUGGAGAGUUUGAAGACAUCAAGUUGCUCGUGGAUUUCUGCGACAAAGUUGGGCUCAACUCUGUGCAACUGCUUCCUUUGACAGAUACCACUGCGCACGCACAUGCUACCUGGGAGGACAGCGAGCCGCUGGACUAUGAGAAGGUUAUGACAGCCAAACUUCGCCUCCUACGAAUGGCCUAUGAAGCUUCUGGAAAGAGAGUUGUGGAGUCUGAAGAAUUCGCAGACUUUGUGUUGGAUCAGGGAUACUGGCUCAAACCCUAUGCGCUAUAUUGUGUUCUGAGGGACAUGUAUGGUGUGAGUGAUCCAUCACAAUGGGGCGAGAUGGGCAGGCUAUCAUUUGCACAGAUGGAUGCUCUUUCAAGUCCAGGAGGAAACAAGUACAACGCUUGCAGAUAUUGGUAUUGGGUUCAAUAUCACUUGCACAAGCAAUUCUUGGACGCAAGCCGAUAUGCUGCGAAGAAAGGGGUAGCCUUGAUAGGCGAUUUGCCGAUUGGUGUUUCUCGAAAUGGUGUGGAUAUUUGGUCAAGGCCAGAAUUAUUCAGAUUAGACAAGCGGAUGGGAGCACCGCCAGAUGCCUUCACAGAGUUGGGGCAGAACUGGAACUUCCCGGCUUAUGACUGGGAAAAGAUGAUGAGGGAUGGAUUUUCUUGGUGGAGAGCGAGACUGCGGAGCAUGAACAUGUACUUCCACUCUGUCCGCCUUGACCACAUAUUGGGAUUCUUCCGUUUCUGGGAUCUACCAGCUCAUGCAGUGACUGGGCUCGGAGGACAUUACUUUCCCAGCCACCCCAUCACGAAGGAAGAGUUGGACUCUAAGGGUUUAUGGGAUAGGCAGCGCUUGACUCAGCCGUACGUUCGAUCGCAUCUGUUGGAACGAAGGUUCGGCAAAGACUGGGAAAAUGUUGUGCGUCGCUUCUUCUCGCAAGGGCUACAUGGAACCUAUAGCUUCAAGCCUGGCCUUGACACAGAGAAGGCACUUCAGGAUGCGAUGGAUGUGGGAUACCGACUCAUUCGCGGAGCUGGGGCAUGA